AUGGCAGUGAAAGCGCGUAUGCACGAAGAAACUUUGCGGAAGCAAGAGGAAAGUGUGAAAAAGCAAGAAGCAAUGAGAAGAGCAACAGUUGAGCAUGAAUUGGCCCUAAAACACAAAUAUGAUUUGGAAAAGGUGGAAGCAGAAACGCAUGCUCGAGCGAAAGCGGCUCGUGAGAAUCGUGAUGUUAAUUUGGAACAGUUACGUGCAGCUGAGGAAGAGCGACGAAAAACAACGAUCGAGAAAAUCAAGACCAGCGGAGCGGUUCUAGGCGCCGGUUUGGAAGAAUUUUUGAAUGAUCCUACAAAAAUCGCGAGGGCUGUUGGCGGUAUAACGGUACUUGCUGUUGGACUAUAUGGCGCUAAGCGAGGCACAGCUGUCGUGGCUCGCCAGGUUGAAGCUCGCUGGGGGAAACCAAGCUUAAUUCGGGACACCUCACGCAUCACAGUUUCAGAAGCAUUCAGACAUCCCAUAAAGACAUUCAGGACUAUUUUUCGAGGCAGCGAUGAUCCUCUGAAAGGAAUUGUUUUAAGUCCGGAACUGGAAGCGCGUUUACGAGAUAUUGCUAUAACGACAAGAAAUACUAAGCGAAAUAACGGCCUGUUCCGGAAUGUGUUGUUCCAUGGUCCACCCGGUACCGGCAAAACUCUCUUCGCUAAAAGUCUUGCGCGUCACUCGAGUUUGGAUUAUGCGAUCAUGACCGGCGGCGACGUAGCACCAUUGGGCCGUGACGGCGUAUCAGCGAUACACAAAGUUUUUGAUUGGGCCGAACAUACAAGAAAAGGCAUGGUUUUGUUUAUGGAUGAAGCCGAUGCAUUUCUUCGGAAACGAGCGACCGAACAAAUAAGUGAAGAUAUGCGUGCCACGCUGAAUGCAUUCCUUUACAGAACUGGUGAACAGUCUAGAAAAUUCAUGUUGGUUGUGGCAUCAAAUCAACCGGAACAGUUUGACUGGGCAGUAAAUGAUCGUUUGGAUGAGUUGGUCGAAUUUAAUUUACCUGGUCUCAUGGAGCGAGAACGCAUCAUACUACAGUAUUUUGAUAAAUACAUUGCUGCUCCGGCAACUUCUGGUUCCAGAAAAGCACGGUUGAAAGUGGGAGAUUUCGACUGGGUCAAAAAGUGCAGUGUGAUUGCAGAAAAGACAGAUGGAAUGAGUGGUCGGCAGCUUUCGAAGCUUGUCAUUGGGUGGCAGGCAGCAGCUUAUGCCUCGAUGGAUGGUGUGCUUACAUCGGAAAUGAUUGAUCGAUGCACAGAUGAAAUGGUCGAGCAGCAUAAGCGAAAAAUACUAUGGCUUGACCAGGAACAGCUAGCCGUACGACAGUUUGGACACAAACAAUAG